GAUGAAACGCUGGCCGUACCUCGCGCUCUUCUUCGCCAACGCGGUCGUGGCCGCGCUGCUGGCGACCUAUGGACAAGACCUGCUGGAGCUGUCGCCAGCGAUCGGCCGCUGCGAUCUGCACGCGAACGCCCACUGCCUCGGCCAGCAAACCAUCUACCGCGCAAGUGCGACGAUCUCGGCCUUCUUCCUUCUGCUCAUGCUGCUGAGUGCGCUCUACGAGCGCCGCGCGUUUCGGAGCCGCCUCGUGCUGGGCUGCCAACUGCCCAUGUACCUCGGCGCUCUCACCGGCGCCUUCUUCCUGCCCAACGAGGUCUUUGACGCCUACGCCUACCUUGCGGCCGUGCUCUCGGGCAUCUUUAUCCUCAUGCAAAUCGUGAUCCUCCUCGACUGCGUCUACCACGUGCGGGACAGCCUCCUCGACCGGCUGCAGGACCCCAAAGCGCCCCGAUCGUGUCUCUGGCCGUGUGUCUACCUCGGACUCUCGCUCACAGGCCUGGGCUUGGCCGCGCUUGGUCUCGUCGUUCUGUUUUAUUAUUACGCCGCGUCGCCUCUCGGACUCGGCUUUCUCAUCGUGACUUGUGUGUCGAUUCUGGUCGUUGUGCCUCUCAGCGUGGCGGAUCGGGUUGGCGCGGGUCUCUUACCGCCAGCUGCCAUCGCGCUCUACCUCGUGUACCUCCUCUGGCAGGCACUGCUCAUGCUCCCCGACUUUGAACCUGCCUUUCUCCAAGGCGAGAGCCGAGCCAGCAGUAUCUCGAUUCCAAGCACCAUCAUUGCAGCACUGACCGUCUCUUACACCGGGUGGCGAACGUCCUGCGCUGCGUCGUCCCUCUUCCGCUUGGAACUCCCCGAAGCCCAAACAGAGACCGCGCUGGAUGCCGAAGCCGGCCGCAAUGUCGUCGACAUUGAACCGCAGAUCGUCGCGCCGAGCUGGCAGUUCCACUGCAUCCUGCUCUUCAGCGGUCUCUACAUGGCCAUGGCGCUCACCAACUGGGGCGUCGGCGCAGGAAAGAGUGACACGCAGCGCGUGAGCAUGUGGGUACAAAUUGCGUCGCAGUGGGCGACGACGCUGCUUUUUACGUGGACGCUCAUCGCACCGGUCGUGCUUCCCGAUCGCGAUUUCUCCUAGUAACUCGAUCAACAUGUUG